AUGAGCAAAAUGUCAGAGUACCUGGCGGCCCAUAUUGGCGCCAACGGGAAUGACCAGGCAGCUUCAGGCGCGACCAGUCCUGGAGCCGAGUGGCGGGAUGAUGUUGAAGGCGACUCGCAGACCCGCUAUAGACCCCGAUCUUAUCCAUAUUUCAAAUAUCUUCCUUAUAAAGUUGAAGACGAGGCUGAGAGACAGAGGAAUCUUGAAGAGAUCAUCAAGCACCUUUACAUCUCUAUUGAAGCUGGGGAUUUUGCUCCAGGGGCGGUCCAUUGGUCGAGGGAGCUCAGAAGUUGGCUGACAUUGAAGUUUGAUCCUCCACGAAAGACCAGAGUUAAGCUUGCAAAGCUCUACUAUGAGCUAGCUAUGGCCCCUGGGUUGGAUCCUGGAGUUGCCGAGAGAUUUGCUAGCAUGUUUAUGGUCCUUACAAAGCGAAAACACUAUCUGCGUCCUGGAAAAGACCUUAUCUUGGAUUGGAGGCCCCUCUUCAAGGAACUCAAAGUAUUUGUGCUACCACAGGAGUCAGGAUUUGUCCAUACAACCUCAAUAAAAAAGAACGUGAGGACAUUGACGAAAAUGUGUUCCUUUGCGCAACUUUAUUUUGACCCGGAAGAGAUUACAUCAAUGUUUGAGGAGUUCCUACCUUAUUUCAGUACUUCUUUCUCAGAAGGAGGUUUUGUGGUAGUUGGACUCUUGAAUCUACUUCUUCCAACUGGGCCGCCGCCGCCGGACAACCCGGAGCUACAGCCGUCUUAUUAUCUUCCCACUUUGUUUCACCUGUGGUCACUCGUAAAUCGUUCCAGAACGUUUGAUGUAAAUUUUAUGGAUAUGCUCUCUCGAUUGGCUCGAGAUAUGUUACCAUGCAAGCAUAUUCCAUUUAACCAGUAUGGUAUCUUCACCAAAGAGCAAUCCACCUUAAUAUUCACUGCUAUUCUACGACUUUUGGAAAUACCUGUUGGUCAAGCAACCUCUCCAUACAGCACCGUCGUGGAUAUGAAUAUCGGUUUAGCUAUGGCCUUGGAGAGAGACCAAAGAAAAAACCCCGUAGCGCAUCACAUUGCGAGAUGGAUUGUUAUGUCUCUGUCUCCCCACUCACUCAAUGAACCAGAUUCUAUCCUUUCCAACCUCGAGGGUCUAAUUCAGGCCGUUGAAACAUUCUUUCAUCCCUCAAAUACAGGCAGCUGGACAAAGACUCUUUCGCAGCUUGUAUAUUAUCUGGCCGAUUUCUUCGUUAUGAGAUGGAAUAGGGAGCGAAGUGGCGAAAUGGAGGUCCCAGAAGAUCGGAAGCUCACCCCCGAGCUCAAGAGACGUUUUGUAAUGUGCCUGAAAGAGGUCAUUUUUAUGGGUAUUUAUGCAAAGAGCAGCACAGCAAUGAGUUUCUCACUAUCUUCCCUACAGAGUUUGGCAUACCUGGAGCCCGAUCUUAUUUUACCAGGAGCCUUACAAAGAAUUUACCCUAGUAUGCAGGGCUUGGUAGAAGUGCAUCGAACAACCUCUUCGUUGCGCUCUCUGCAGGUUCUUUCCCGGAUCAUGGUCAGGACUAGAGGAUUUCGAAACCAUGUCACAACCUUAUUAGGUCUUGCGCUUCCUGGAAUUGACGCCAACGAUCUAGACAAGACGCUGCAUACUCUUUCGUUCGUACAGGCUGUGGCUUACAACAUCCCAUUCAGAAAUCUAACUGAAGAUGAAGAGGGUGGGGGGGGUGGAAAUUUUCUUGCCCUUGAAUGGGUUGGUUCCGAAGUAGAAAGGCUCGAGAGAGAGGGCGCAGAAGUUAUGAUCAAUUAUGACGGAGAGCUGGAUGAUGAGACUGAAGCUGCAAUACUCAGAUCUUCAACCGCAGGACUGAGCGAAUUCCUAAUAUCAUUUCUGGGACGUGUUUUUACCUUAUUGGAGAAUUUGCCAGAUGCGUCUCGGGUUCGUAGCGGUUCUCCAGAAGAACAUAUUGUUAACACAUUACCGGCGGCCUUUACACCUCUUCUUGCUGCAUUGUCCCCAGAACUCUAUGAUAUUGCCCUCCAAAAGAUCACUGAUUUUGUGGGCAGCCAUGUCAUCCAUCAAGCUCGUGAUGCAAUGGCAUUUAUUUGCAAUUCAUUAUGUAAAGUGAAUCCGGAAAAGGCUUUGAAACAACUAGUACCGGUAUUGACUCGCAAUAUUCGAACGGAAAUCGACGAGAAUGGCGCUGCUUCAACGCGUAACACAGGUUCUGAUGUUCUUCCUAGAGACAGAGGCCUUGUUUGGAACGUGAGCAUUUUAAGCAUGUGCGUGGUCCAUAUCGGGGAUGCGGUGCUGAAUCACAAGAAAGAGUUGUUGGAUAUCGCAGCGUUCAUGCAAAAGAGGUGCAAGGGAAUUCCUACAGUUCAUGUCUCUAACUUUAUCCAUCAUUUGUUACUUAAUUUGACAGUCGUGUAUACUGUAGAUUAUGGACUUGUCGAGCCGACUGAAGUAUGCGGCAUCCAAGCUUGGGGAAAGGUCUACAAUCCUAAUGACCUCAGUAUCCGCUGGCACAAUCCUUCGCAAGCGGAAAUUGAAUUUGCUGUAGAAUUAUUCACGUCUCAGGCUGGAAAUGCCUUGGAAGCAUUGACAUCACUCACUAGUGGUGAAUCUGACGUGAAACGCGACGGAACCGGAAAGGAAUGGUCUGAUGAAGUUUCCAGGAAUCUAGUCUUACUCAGACUUGUCAUCUCGGGAGUUUCUGUGUUAUUCGACCCUUUAAGAGUUCCAUGUGGAACUCUAGCGGAGAAGGAAAAGAGAGAGGAAGACGUGGAGAUGGAAGAUGCCGACGGGGAGCCCAACGACGGCCCUAACAGCGAUGAGCCCAUGGGCGAGGCGCAAGAUGACGAUGUGAAGCCGACUUACAGAUAUCCAGCAGGGUAUUUCUUCAAAAGUCCCGAAGAUCCACUCUACAUUACUGUUCACGAAUUGCGUGAUAAAUUGGGAGAAGUAUUGCAUAAAGUGCAUGUCUUUUUGACCAAAUCGCAAGAGGACGAUGUCCCUUGUUUUAAUGCUCUGUAUACGGCCUAUCGCUCAUGGUUCGUGGAUAUUGGCAUCGAGAGAUCUGCGCAUGUGUUAGACAGAGUGACCCGCCUUUUUGCCGCGGACAUUCAUCCAUUUAAAGUCAGCGGAUUGCGAAAAAACUAUCCUCGGCCGCUUUUGCUGCGAAGAGCGAAUGUUUACCAUCUCCAGCGUCUCAGGCAUAAUGCUGGUCCUCGACCAUUAUCCGUGAUGGACAAAACUCUCUUAUUGGACCUUGCAGAAUCAUGUGUAUCACUUUAUACUGAGAUUCGCCGACAUGCACAGAGUGCUGGAGAUUCGGCCACGAAGGUUAUCAUUGGUGCAAGGCCUCUUGUUAUCCCACCACUUCUUGCCGCUUUUGAAGAAUCCUUGAAGACCAAUGAUUUCCGGCGCAUGAAGGGUGCCAUGUAUAGUCUUCUAUUUGGGUCCCUGGCCAAGACUGCUGGCCGAGAUUGGAGAUACACCCCUUCGUUGAUUAAAGCAUUUAUUGCAGCAAGUACAGCAGAUAAGCCAUCCAUUCAAAAGCUCGCUACGAAUGCUGUUUACCAAGUCAUGGAUUAUGGGCGGCCAUUAGAGCGUAUGGUAAUCUUAAAUGAGGAAACCGUAAGAAGAAUUGCGCCGAACGAAGAUCUUCUUGCUAUUAUUACCAAGAAACGAGAACAGAUUGCAAGGAAAAGAAAGCGGAUCGAAAGUAAGAAAGCCGACCUUGCGCUGGAGCUUGUUGAACUUGCGAAGAACUCGCAUUGGAAGACUGCCAGUCGUACGGCAACUGUGGUUGUCAAUCUCGGGCUGAGAUUCCAUACAGUCGCGCCAGAUUCCAUGCUAGAAUUAACAACCAAGGGAACUAUCGAUAGUCAUCCUGGUCUAAGGGGUCUAUAUUCAGGGGCUUUAGUCGCCUUAUUCUGCCUUAUCGAGCUCAGGGCCACCUGUGAACACAACUAUCGGAAUUUCCUCCUGGAUAAGCUUACCCUACCAAAUAAGCUUUUGGUACCGACUAGAUCAGAUGAUCCAAAUUGGACUGAAGAAUUCUUGGAAUCUUUUACGAAGCCAGACGCACAAUACUAUGUGGACCACGAUUACCCUGGGUGGCUGGUAUGGGGGAAAGACUUUCCAGCAUACGAAGUAAAUUCAAAGGAGGGACUGCAGUUUGAUGAAGUUGAGACAAACGCCCGCAAGACGAUCGCGAAUAUUCUUGACAGAAAUUGGUUCAGAUCCUUCUUCGAAUAUCUCAAACAAGAGCCCCGCGAUGGAUCACCAGAUCGAUUCCGAAUGGCCAGCUCAAUGUUGCUGCAAUUUGCUUUUGAACUGGUUAGAGAUGGAUUGACGCCUGUAACUUACAACGAAAUUAAGGAAGAGACUGCUGCAGUUUUUGAAGAUGGAAGUGAUAAGCACCAACACCGAGCAACCGCAGAGAUACUUGGAGCUCUUGUUUCUGCGUACAGGGAUUCUACAGUCGAGAACCGGGAUGCGAUGUGGAAUCAUGUCUUCCCAAUUGUGAAGGGAAUAUUCGAGGAUGGCCUCACUCCAGAGAAUUCAUCGUAUUGGUCUUCAUUCUUACAUCUUGUUCUGCAAGGGAAAGAUCUUAGGCGGUCAUGGCCCAUUGUCGAAUGGCUGACCAAUUUCAGAUUAGAUAUGAGCUCGAAUGCUGCAUUCAAGGAAAGCUCCAAGGUUCAACUUUUGCAGCAGUGUAUUCUUGAAGCUGGGUGGCAUUUUAGAUUGGAAAAACCAAUUUUGGAAGAUUUCCUCAAGCAUAUUGAUCAUCCAUACAAAGGUGUAAGAGAGGCAAUGGGGCAAACAUUAGGAAGUCUUUAUAGAUCCAGACAUUAUGAGUCCUAUAGAAACGUGAAGACCCUGAUGGAUAUCCAAGGAAAGAUCUCAUCGGUUGGAAGUACUCCGUACAAACCAACUUCAGAAUUUUCCGAAACAAUUGCCGAUGUGUUUAAACGACUCGAGAAAUGGCGCCAUGAACGCACACCUGGCCAACAAGCUCCAUCAUCAUACACGGCAGGAAGUAAGACAGUGCUUCUAUGGCUAGAUACAACUCUGUCAUCACACGAAUGCACGCAGUUGAUCUCUUUCUUCCCAGAUAUCUUCAUGGGCGAGAUGCUACACAUGAUGGAUAUCAAAGAAGACCCGGAAUUGAUGUCGCUUGCGUAUCAUGUGUUCAGACAUCUCCCCAAUAUCCCGCUUCCCUACAAAGAAGAUCAUUCCUUUAUUUCGGCUCUUAUUCGUAUCGGAACUACAUCACCUUUGUGGCAUCAAAGACUGCGGGUUUUAAUCAACAUGCAGGUCAUAUACUUCCGGCGCCUGUUCCUUAUCACUGCCGAGGAGAAAGAACGAAUUUUCACUUGUGUUUCAACCAUGCUAGAGGACUCGCAGCUCGAGGUUAGGCUUGGGGCUGCGACAACACUUUCCGGGAUGGUCCGAUGCUCGCCAGUCCGCCUCCGGGAGGGGAUUGUGCAAGAACUCAAGAAAAAAUUCACCAAGAUGUUGAAUAGCAAUCGAUUGCCGAAAAGGUCGCCAGCUGGGACCCCAACACCAGAUUAUAACCGCAUAAUCUUGCUCCGGCACGCAGCAGUACUUGGACUCGGCGCUUUGGUACAGGCAUUCCCUUACACAUCUCCACCACCUACCUGGCUACCGGAAGUUUUGGCAACUCUGGCAGUAAAAGCUGCAGCGGACCCAGGCAUGGUGGGUAAGAGUGUCAAGUCAGCUUUGGGAGAAUUCAAAAAGACUAGACAGGACACCUGGCAUGUAGAUGUGAAGGCCUUUACUUCGGAUCAGCUUGAAGACCUUGAGGGUGUACUGUGGAAGAGCUACUUUGCUUAA